AAUGUGACAGACUGACGGCAAUUCUGGCGGCAAAAUACGCGUUUCGUGUUCUUGUGCAAGUGCAUCCGGAGAAGUUCUCUCUGAGAAUAAUUAAUUAUUUUAACCCUGAUAAAACAACAAAUACCCAAGAAAACUUCUACACGUCUCCUACGGUAUAUUCUUCGAAAGUUGUGAUAGAAAUUUUAGGACAAAAUGUUUGAGGCUCGUCUCAGUUCUGCCACGACCCUGAAGAAGGUUCUGGAUGCUAUUAAGGACCUUCUGAAUGAAGCAACAUUUGACUGCAAUGAUUCAGGGAUUCAGCUGCAAGCAAUGGACAAUUCCCAUGUUUCCCUCGUCUCCCUGACGCUGAGGGCAGAUGGUUUCGACAAGUACAGAUGUGACAGGAAUCUUUCGAUGGGAAUGAACCUCGGUAGCAUGGCCAAAAUCAUGAAAUGCGCCAACAAUGACGAUACCGUGACGAUGAAAGCUCAGGACAAUGCCGACACUGUGGUGUUCAUGUUUGAGUCCCAGAACCAGGAAAAGGUGUCUGACUAUGAGAUGAAGCUCAUGAAUCUCGACCAGGAGCACUUGGGUAUCCCAGAGACUGACUAUGCCUGCAUUGUUCGGAUGCCAGCAAUGGAAUUUGCUCGAAUCUGCCGAGAUCUCUCCCAAUUCGGAGAGUCUCUGGUGAUUUGCUGCACAAAAGAGGGAGUUAAGUUCUCAGCCUCUGGAGACGUAGGAUCUGCAAACAUCAAACUGGCCCAGACUACGAGUGUGGACAAGGAGGAGGAAGCAGUGAUCAUUGAAAUGCAGGAACCCGUGACUCUGACUUUUGCUUGUCGCUAUCUCAAUUCAUUCACUAAGGCUACUCCUCUUACCAAUCAAGUUCAGCUCUCUAUGUCCAUGGAUGUGCCUCUGGUGGUUGAGUAUCGCAUCCAGGAUAUCGGACAUGUUCGCUACUAUUUGGCACCCAAGAUUGAGGAUGAUGAGAACUAAUUGGGUUCUUCCAGAUUAUUCUGGGAAGUGAGGAGACUCCCAAUAUAAUUUAUAAGGGUAUCUAUCGUGAGACUUCCGGACGUAUUGGACUUUAUAGGAGGGAAGUGUCUCUAUUUUAGAUUUUAGGAUCAUCGAAGGAAAUAAAUUGUUUAAAAUAUAAAA